AUGAAGUUAGGAUUAAUCAUUGCUGGAAUCUUCCAAUUUGGAGUGCCUGUGCUCACCCAAGGCUUUAAGGCAGACUUGAUAGAUAUCCCUACUGAGAUUGACGAGCUACACAAAGAGAGACAGGUCACGGUUGUCAAUGGAGACAACUAUCCAGGGAGAAUACAGGUCGAUUUGAUUCCAUUGAACAGUUCCAAGGACAAUUUUGCCGUCUUAAAAACCUUGGUUGAUGAGAAAUAUACCUUCAGCUACGACAACUUACAUAAUGGUGUCUAUGAGCUUUUAGUCAAUUCGUACGACUUCAAAUUUACUAAUGAUAGAUACAUAAUCACUGUUGACGACGGUUUCAUUGAAGCUAAGGUUGAUCCAUUGGAUUCAAAUGAGGCCAGCAACAUCUCAAUUCCAAUUUCAUUUGAAGAACCAUUGCAAAUUCAAUUCAGUGAAAUCCGCCAAUUCUAUGACAAAUCGCUGAACUCGGUAGCAGAAAUGAUCUUAAACAGUCCUUUUGGAUACAUUUUCAAGAGCAAACUUUACACCUUCAUGUUCACUGUCAGUAUUUGCAUUAUCGUUGCACCAUACUUCAUUUCAUACUUCUUCCCUGAUAUUGCAGAGGAAUUGAAAGAAGCACAAGCAGAGAUUGCGGGAAAGAAAAGGCAAGCAGUCGCAAAGCCAGUCGCUCAGGUGCCUAGUGAAACGAAAGCUACUGGCUCCAGUAAAUCUGAUAGCAAUGCUAGAAAGAGACGGUAA